UAUAACAUACACAAAGCAUUUGAGGCCUACCUUAAUUACUGUAAAAAUUUCAACUAAAUACUUUGUAUUUAAAAUUUAAGCUUAAUACUACAACAAAAGAUUAACGUCCUGUAUCAGUAUGGCUGCUACAGAACCAAUUGAAGUUGAGAAGAAUCGAUACCCUUUUUGCAUUGUUUGGACCCCAAUUCCUCUAAUCACGUGGAUUUUCCCUUUCAUAGGACACAUGGGGAUAUGUACCAGUACUGGAAUUAUUAGGGAUUUUGCUGGAUCGUACCAUGUUUCUGAAGAUCAGAUGGGUUUUGGAGAUCCCACAAAGUAUUUACAACUUGAAAUUUCAAAAGUUCCAGGUGGUGUUUCUGCUUGGGAUCGAGCUGUUCAAGAUGCUUCUGAAGAAUACAAAAGUCACAUGCACAACCUUUGCUGUGAUAACUGCCAUUCACAUGUAGCCCUUGCCUUAAACAAUAUGGCAUAUCCUGGAAAACGCCAUUGGAACAUGGUUGCUCUAUGUUGGCUGAUGUUAUUUCGUGGUAAACAUAUUGGUUGUUCAGGUUUCUUGAGAACUUGGACUCCAUCGGUUUUCCUUCUUACAAUAAUUGCUGUGAUACUGGUGUUUAUAGCUUAAUGCAUAGACCCUUCCAAGGAAUGUCUACUGUAAAAUGAGCUGCUUUCAUAAAGUUUUUCUUGAUGCGUGCACAAAA